UCGGUACUCAUUCCACAACCCAUUUUGGCGGCGAUUAAUGAACGUGGGAGUGAUGGAUGAAAAGUCUAAAUGUGUAGCGGGGGGGAACGGAGUUGGGUGGGCGGGUGGUAGUGAACGUCAAGAGUAACGAGCCUGUCCGCAGGGAAAGAUGUCAGUCAGCCAUGGGAAGCGAAUUCUCCGUGUAUUGUAAAAUUGGGAUCCGGCCAGCCCCUUGCCCCGUCGACCGUGGGUGUAUGCGGAAAGAACCACUAUCGGACACCCCAAGAAAAACAAUCGAAUGAACGAUGCACGAUUUGAUUUUUGAGUGUCGGAAGAGGAUCAGAACCAAAAGGCAGCAGUCUCCCCCAGGCCCAGAGAUCGUGCUGACGCAAGGAGGUGCAGCUGAUGCAUCAACCGGAAGGCUUGGGAGCACCGUCCACCAUGGGGGAGGGAGUCCGGGGCUGAGAGGAAGCGCGAGAAGGAAAAGGGAACAACGACGUGAAAAGGGCCACUCACUUUGCUCGAGAACUUGAUAUAUCAAACUCCAACUGAGAGGAGGAGAAAGAAAUGAAUGGGAUUAAACCGGGGAUGAUAUUAUUACUAAAGGCCAAGCGGACGCAA